AUGCAUGCAACAGUUGAUGACACGGUCCCAACCGGCAAGGUCAUGAUCGGCAGCUUCGAUGCGACCUCUGCAACGGCCGAUGAGCUCGUCAAGUCACUCAUCGAAAAUGGUGGCUGUUUCAUCCGCAACCUAGUAGACCGUGAGGCUGUCGCCGCGAUGCUCAAGCAAGUCCAGCCUUACCUUGAUGCAGAUGUACCAUGGGAAGGGGAAUUCUUUCCAAAGGAGACGCGCCGAGUCAAUGGGCUGCCAGCGAAAGCACCCUUAUACACCGAGAAAGUAUUAGCUCAUCCCCUUUACGUGGAAGUCAGUAAGCGACUCCUUACAACAACAUCAACCAGCUGGGUUGGUGACAAGAAGGAAACUUAUGAAUCCCUCCCACAACUGAAUUCCACUUCUGUCUUUGCAAUUGGCCCAGGAGCUCGCGCCCAAGGCCUUCAUCGCGAUGACAUAUUGCAUCACACCAACCUUCCGAAAAUCACCGCCGAACAAUACACGCCCGGGCGGGAUACUGCUCUUGGGAUUUUCAUGGCUGCCUCCAAAAUUACUACAGCGAACGGAGCAACCAGAUUCAUCCCCGGCUCGCACUUGGACGACUCAACACAUGGACCUGGUGACGAGAAAAAGGUCGUUUUUGCAGAGAUGGAACCAGGAGACGUAUUUCUGAUGCUUGCCAGCUGUUACCACGGUGGCUCUGCUAAUACGACAACUGACCAAACGCGCACGCUGUUUGGCUCGUUUAUGUGUCGUGGCUAUCUCCGCCAGGAGGAGAAUCAGUUCCUGGCAAAUCCUAUCGAGGAAGUGCGGAAGAUGCCGGAAAAUAUUCAGAGGAUGAUUGGAUACUCGGUGUCGAAGCCAUAUUGUGGAUGGGUAGACCUCAAAGACCCGAUCAGCUUUGUGAGAGAUGUUGAAGUCAAAUAUGGUGAUCCAUAA